GGCAGGGGGUGUGUCAAGUCACUUCCCCUCUGCGUUCCUCCAGAGGAGCGUAGGCUAAACCUUAUCCAAGAAGCGUCUGUUAGAGACAGAAGAACUGGCACGAGCUGAAACUUUUAAAGCGGUGAAUACACGAACAAGGAUAUAUAUAUAUAUUAGAAGCUUUAAAAAGUCACUCAAACUUUUUCGGUGUAUAAAGAAGCCAUCACUCAACACAACCACCCCUUUCAGAAUGCCAGGAGAACGAUUGAUGGCGAGCGGUUCUGAUGUGGGCCGUUUCCAUGGCAAUGCCCUGACCAUAGCGGAGGCAACCAACCAGGAGGAGGCGGAGUCUAAGGAGCAGGGGGGCUCUCUCCAGGGUGUUCAGAAGAUAUGCUGCUGCUGGCCACGCCAGAGCAGCUUGUACGAUACAGUUGUCACGGACGAAGUGGUGAAACAUGCCCCGAUUCCUGAGCCCCCACUGCCCCACACUGGAGACAAUCAGCUGGAAGAGUUGAUGUUGUCAGUGCACUCGGUGGAUCUACUGAGCUCUAAAAUGGGUCAGAACCGCAUGGAGCAUCACACCGACCGUUACCAUGGCAACGCACUCAUCAUCCGACGUGGCCAGACCUUCCAGAUAGAACUGGACCUGUCGCGACCUUUUAACUCCAACACAGACAAACUCCACCUGGACCUCAGGACAGGACCCCUCCCCAUGGUGUCAAAGAACACGCACAUCAUCAUUCAAUUGGUGGAAGAGCUGGAGGACGACCGCUGGGAGGCCAAGAUAGCGGAGCGGAACGGCAACAGGAUCAAGCUGUCCGUCAACUCACACGCCAAAGCUGUGAUUGGCAAGUACAAGCUCACUGUGACGGUGGAGUCUCCGAAGGGGGGGUCUGCAACCACACACGACCCCAGGAAAGACAUCGUCAUGCUGUUCAACCCCUGGUGUGAAGAUGACACCGUGUACAUGGAUGAUGAGGAGGAGAAGAAGGAGUAUGUGCUGAAUGACACAGGAAGACUCUACUACGGCACAGAGAAACAGAUUGGAGAUCGCACAUGGAACUACGGACAAUUCCUUGAGGGGAUGCUGGAGGCCUGUCUCUAUGUGCUGGAGAAGAGUGAGAUCCCUCCGCCUGGUAGAGGGGACCCUGUCAACGUGGUCAGAGUCAUAUCUGCCAUGAUCAACUCCCAAGAUGACAAUGGGGUCCUGGCUGGGAAUUGGUCAGGGAACUAUGUGGGAGGAGUUUCCCCUACAGCCUGGAAUGGCAGUGUGGAGAUCCUGAAGAAAUACCACAAGGAGGGAGGCCUGCCUGUCAAAUACGGACAGUGCUGGGUCUUCUCUGGGGUCACCACCACAGUGCUCAGGUGCUUGGGUAUACCGUGCCGUAGUGUAACAAACUUCCAGUCGGCCCACGACACGGAUGUCUCACUCACCACAGACAUAUAUUUUGACGAGAAAAUGGAGCCGUUCGACGAACUCAACACUGACUCUGUUUGGAAUUUCCAUGUAUGGAACGACUGUUGGAUGGCCAGACCAGACCUUCCUCCUGGUAACGGCGGCUGGCAGGCAUUAGACGCCACCCCGCAGGAGACCAGCCAGGGGACCUUCCGCUGUGGCCCUGCUUCUGUCACCGCCAUCCGCACCGGCCAGGUCUACCUCAAAUACGACACACCUUUCAUCUUUGCUGAGGUGAACAGUGAUAAGAUCUACUGGCAGAGGAACCUGGAUGGUAUCUUCACUCAGAUCCAAUGUGAAAAGAAGGCUGUGGGCCACUGCAUCAGCACCAAGGCUGUGGGCUCUGACAAACGCGAUGACAUCACACACCUGUACAAACACACCGAAGGAUCAGAGGAGGAACGUAUCGCCGUGGAGACAGCCAGUCGUUAUGGCACCAAGCCUGACGUGUACUCUAAAUCCAUGGCGGAGGACGUGAGCUUGGAGGUGAAGUUGGAGGGAGAGGGGCCUCGUAUGGGGGCUGACGCCCAGCUGACCAUCGUGAUGACCAAUUUCAGCUCCCAGACCCGCAAGACCACGCUACACAUCCAGGUGGCAGUCAUGUACUACACCGGGGUGCUGAAGGGCACCGUCAAGAAGGACAAGAUGCCUGUGGCGCUCAAGCCCAAUGAAGUGAAGGCCAUGCAGUGGGUCCUGCCCUACCAUAGCUACCAGGACCAGCUGGUGGACCAGGCUGCUCUAAUGCUGACUCUGUCUGGACGGGUCAGCGAGACCCAACAGGUCCUGGCCACUCAGACCAGCUUCAGGCUACGCACACCUGACCUCAACAUUGAGACAGAAAUACUCCUCAGUUUCAUCAGCUGGCCGGAUAACUGGUCUCAGAUGAUCCUGCAGGCUGUAGGGGAGGCGGUGGUAGGUAAGAAGAUGACAGCCAAGAUCACGUUCACCAACCCUCUGCCACGUACACUGAGGGGCGUGGUGCUCAGGGUGGAGGGACUGGGCCUGCAGGAGGUCAAAGAGGUGGUUGUGGGUGAUGUUGGGAGCCACUCUACGGUGACUCGGACAGAACACUUCAUACCCACCCAGGCUGGACACAGGAAGCUGGUAGCAGCUCUGGACUGUAAACAGCUGACACAGGUGCAUGGGGUUGCUGACAUCGUUGUCCAGGACCAAUGAGAGGGAGCCUUCAACUGCUCUCUUCUGUCCACUUAUCUGGUGUUUCAUUCAAGUCUCCAAAAGAGAAUGGGAAGCCUUUUAUUCAGUUUUCCCAUGAUUUGAGUGUAAUAAUUUUUUUUUCAUGCUGACAUGUAAUUAUGGAAAUACCCUGAUCGUUGGAUGAAGUUGUACACUAAAUUGUUUUUACCCGUGUUAAUGUUUUUAAUACUCAUGUCAUAUUUUUCCAAAUCAAUCAAGUUUAUUUGUCACAUGCUUCGUAAACAACAGGUGUAGACUAGCAGUGAAAUGCUCUCUGACGGGCCCUUCCCAACAAUGCAGAGAGAGAAGAAGGAUCAAUAGAAGAAGAAGAAUUCGAGGAAUAAAUACACAAGGAGUAACGAUAACCUGGCUAUAUACACGGGGUGCCAAGUCAAUGUGCUGGGGUCGGAGGUAAUUGAGGUAGAUAAAAUAGGUAGGGAUAAAGUGACUAGGCAACAGGAUAGAUAAUAAACAGCAGUAGCCUAAGUGAUGAAUAAAAAUAGUUAGUGCAAAAGGGGUCAAUGCACAUAGUUAAAUAGUUAACCAAUAGCUACUCGGACAAACUAUUUUGCGGUCUUAUGGCUUGGGGGUAGAAGUUGUUCAGAGUCCUGUUGGUCCCAGACUUGGUGCAUCGGUACCACUUGCCGUGUGGUAUCAGAACAAACAUUCUAUUAUUUGGGAGGCUGGCUGGCCUUUCUCUGACAUUGCCUGGUAAGCUCGGCCCCAGUGAUGUACUGGGCCAUACGCACUACCCUCUGUAGGGCCUUGCGGUCAAAUUCCAAGCAGUUGCCAAACCAAGUGGUGAUGCAGCCAGUCAAGAUGCUCUCAAUGGCGCAGCUAUAUAACUUUUUGAGGAUCUGAAGGCCCAUGCAUAAUCUUUUUAGCAAUAGAGGGGGAAGAGGCAUUGCCGUGCCUUCUUCAGGACUGUGUUGGUGUGUGUGGACCAUGAUAAUGCCUUAGUGAUGUGGACACAGAUUCUUGAAGCUCUAGGCUCCGUCCACUGCAGCCAUGUCGAUGUGGAUGGAGGGCGUGCUCAGCCCACCUUUUCCUGUAGUCCGCGAUCAGCUUCUUUGUCUUGCUGACAUUGACGUUGAGGUUGUUGUCCUGGCACCACACUGCCAGGUCACUGACUUCCAUAUAGGCUGUCUCAUCAUGGUCGGUGAUCAGGCCAACCACCGUCGUGUCAUCAGCAAACUUAAUGAUGGUAUUGCAGUCAUGCACCGCCACGCAGUCGUGGGUGAACAGGUACAAGAGGGGACUAAGCACGCACGCGAGGGGCCCAUGUUGACGGUCACCGUGUCGGAUGUGUUUGCCUAUCCUCACCACCUGCAAGCGGCCCAUCAGGAAGUCCAAGAUCCAGUUGCACAGGGAGGUGUUCAGUCCCAGGGUCCUGAGCUUAGUGACGAGCGUGGAGGACACAAUGGUAUUGAAUGCUGAGCUAUAGUCAAUGAACAAUGUGACAACAAUAGAAAAAAAAGAAAGUCUAUAUGCAGUGUGUGAAAAUGGCGUGAGGAGGUAAGGCAAUAAAUAGGCCAUAGUAGCAAAGUAACUGCAAUUUAGCAGAUUAACACUGGAGUGAUAGAUGAGCAGAUGAGGAUGUGCAAGUAUUGAUACUGGUGUGCGAAAGAGCAGAAAAGUAAAUAAAAACAAUAUGGGGAUGAGGUAGGUAGAUUGGGUGGGCUAUUUACAAAUGGACUAUGUGCAGCUGCAACGAUCGGUUAGCUGCUCAGAUUUUUUGCAAUUCGUUCCAGUCACUGGCAGCAGAGAAUUGGAAGGAAAGGCGAUCAAAAGAGGUGUUGUCUUUGGGGAUGACCAGUGAGAUAUACCUGCUGGAGCGCGUGCUACGGGUGGGUGUUGUCAUCGUGACCAGUGAGCUGAGGUAAGAUGGAGUUUUACCUAGCAUAGACUUGACCUGGAGUCAGUGGGUCUGGCGACGAAUAUGUAGCGAGGGCUAGCCGACUAGAGAAUACAGGUCGCAGUGGUGGGUGGUAUAAGGGGCUUUGGUAACAAAACGGAUGGCGCUGUGAUAGACUGCAUCCAGUUUGCUGAGUAGAGUAUUGGAAGCUAUUUUGUAGAUGACAUCGCCGAAGUCGAGGAUUGGUAGGACAGUCAGUUUUACUAGGGUAAGUUUGGCGGCGUGAGUGAAGGAGGCUUUGUUGCGAAAUAGAAAGCCGAUUCUAGAUUUGAUUUUGGAUUGGAGAUGUUUGAUAUGAGUCUGGAAGGAGAAUUUACAGUCUAGCCACACACUUAGGUAUUUGUAGUUGUCCACAUAUUCUAGGUCAGAACCGUCCAGACUAGUGAUGCUAGUCAAGCGGGCGGGUGCGGGCAGUGAAUGGUUGAAAAGCAUGCAUUUGGUUUUACUAGCGUUUAAGAGCAGUUGGAGGCCACGGAAGGAGUGUUGUAUGGCAUUUAAGCUCGUUUGGAGGUUAGUUAACACAGUGUCCAAAGAAGGUCCAGAUGUAUACAGAUUGGUGUCGUCUGCGUAGAGGUGGAUCAAGGAAUCACCCGCAGCAAGAGCGACAUCGUUGAUAUAUACAGAGAAAAGAGUCGGCCCAAGAAUUGAACCCUGUGGCACCCCGAUAGAGACUGCCAGAGACUGAACUCUGUCUGCGAAGUAGUUGGUGAACCAGGCGAGGCAGUCAUUUGAGAAACCAAGGCUAUUGAGUCUGCCGAUAAGAAUACGGUGAUAGACAGAGUUGAAAGCCUUGGCCAGGUUGAUGAAGACGGCUGCACAGUACUGUCUUUUAUCGAUGGUGGUUAUGAUAUCAUUUAGUACCUUGAGCGUGGUUGAGGUGCACCCAUGACCAGCUCGGAAACCAGAUUGCACAGCGGAGAAGGUACGGUCGGAUUCCAAAUGGUCAGUGAUCUGUUUAUUAACUUGGCUUUCAAAGACCGUAGAAAGGCAGGGCAGGAUGGAUAUAGGUCUCUAACAGUUUGGGUCUAGAGUGUCACCCCCUUUCACGAGGGGUAUGACCGUUGCAGCUUUCCAAUCUUUAGGGAUCUCGGACGAUACGAAAGAGAGGUUGAACAGACAAAUAAUAGGGGUUGGGGAUAAUUUUAGAAAGAGAGGGUCCAGAUUGUCUAGCCCAGCUGAUUUCUACAGGUCCAGGUUCUUCAGCUCUUUCAGAACAUCUGCUAUCUGGAUUUGGGUGAAGGAGAAGCUGGGGAGGCUCUGGCAAGCAGCUGCGGUGGUGCGGAGCUGUUGGCUGGGGUUGGGGUAGCCAGGAGGAAAGCAUGGCCAGCCGUAGAGAAAUGCUAUUGAAAUUUUAGAUUAUCAUGGAUUUAUCGGUGGUGACUGUUUUACCUAGCCUCAGUGCAGUGGGCAGUUGGGAGGAGGUGCUCUUGUUCUCCAUGGACUUUACAGUGUCCCAAAACGUUUUGGAGUUAGAGCUACAGGAUGCAAAUUUCUGUUUGAAAAAGCUGGCCUUUGCUUUCCUGACUGACUGCCUGCAUUGGUUCCUGACUUCCCUGAACAGUUGCAUAUCGCGGGGACUAUUUGAUGUUUUUCUGCUGGUCAAGGGCAGUCAGGUCUGGAGUGAACCAAGGGCUAUAUCUGUUCUCAGUUAUACAUUUUUUGAAAGGGGUAUGCUUAUUUAAGAUGUUGAGGAAAUUACUUUUAAAGAAUGACCAGGCAUCCUCAACUGACGGGAUGAGGUCAAUAUCCUUCCAGGAUACCCGGGCCAGGUCGAUUAAAAGGCCUGCUCGCAGAAGUGUUUUAGAGAGCAUUUGACAGUGAUGAGGGGUGGUCGUUUGAUCGCGGACCCAUAGCGGAUGCAGGCAAUGAGGCAGUGAUAGCUGAGAUCCUGAUUGAAAACAGCAGAGGUAUAUUUGUAGGGCAAGUUGGUCAGGACAAUAUCCAUGAGGGUGCCCAUGUUUAAGGAUUUAGGGUUGUACCUGGUGGGGUCCUUGAUAAUUUGUGUGAGAUUGAGGGCAUCUAUCUUGGAUUGUAGUACUGCUGGGGUGUUAAGCAUAUCCCAGUUUAGGUCACCUAACAGAACGAACUCUGAAGAUAGAUGGGUGGCAAUCAAUUCACAUACGGUGUCCAGGGCACAGCUGAGAGCUGAGGGGGGUCUAUAACAGGCGACAACAGUGAGAGACUUAUUUCUGGAGAGAUUAAGUUUAUAAAAAUAUAAGCUCAACCUGUUUGGGUAUAGACCUGGAAAGUAUAACAGAACUUGAAUGAGUAGGUGUCCAAGCUUUUCACCAGCGUGCCUUGCUCUGAAAUGGAUUGUCCAUUACUGUUAGGGUCGUCCACAUGAAGAAGAAACAGAGUCAUUGUUAGGGCCACUGAAAUGCUUUAUGAAGAAUCCUGUGGUAUAUUUUAUUAUCUAGAUAUACAUGAUCUAAUGUUAAUAAUGUUAUCUAAUGCACCCAUUUUCAGUAGAAUGUACUAAACAAACGAUGUCAAGUUUCUGUCAUCAAAUAUUUUAUUAAUACACUGUAUAAGCAUAAGAGUAUCCAAUGAUGUUAUUAUUCAAGAUGUAUGCAUUGUGCAUUGUUGGAUAUGCUGUAUGUAGCGGCACAUGGUUUAUAUGAAGGUGAAGCGCUUCAGUUUGAUUUUAUGAUGCUUAUGCCUAAAGAAGUCCUUCUCAAUGUGUUUGCUUAUUUUUAUAUGAAAGAAUUGAAGACAUUAUUAUCUUAUUUUGCUAAUAGUGUUUCCUUGCCUUAAAGUGCUCUUAUGAAAUCACUGUUCCAAACAGCAGUCAGCUCCUGAGUGUUUACAGUUGUAUCCAUGGCCCUUGUUGACCUUGGUCUGCUCUCAUAGUUUGUGUGUUUGGACGUUAAAAUACAAGAAAGGAAACAUUUUAACGCAUUACAUUUAGAUUGUAUUAAUUCAUCUAUAUACAUGUUUUUUUUUCAAUUGUCAAUGUAUUUGUUAUUUUUCCCUGUUAAAUUGGCCGGUGAAAAUCU